UUCUUAAUCUGUGUCCUGUGAUAAACACCAGUGAACGCCAGUGAACGCGAACGCUCAUCAUUGCGUUUUAUAACCUCGUUGAUCCAAAAAUUACAUUUAAGAUAAAUAGUAAUAAUAACUGUAUGGAAUAAAAAUUAAAUUCGCAAUUUAUUUGUGGAUAUUAUCAUAAUGGAUUUAUCCAUAUUUAAUAAUAUUGAAAUCUCAGAUCCCACAUGCAAGGAUCAAAUUUUAAUACUUUUGGAAGAGUUACGAAUAGAAGAGGAAGAUUUUAUCGAGAAACUUAUAGAUAAACAAGAAUCGAUGAUUGUGACUUGGGAACAACCAUGGUAUCAGAAAACUGGUUGGUUAACAAGAAAGUUAAAACAAUCGAGCGAUGAUGAAAAAUUUUGUGAAGAUAAAAUGAGUAAAGCUGAGUGUGAUCGAAUACGCAAAAAUUGGAAAAAGUUUGUGAAGCAAUUUAACCUACCAAAUAAACCAAUGUGCCUUGCAAGGUGGCGCAAUAAAGAUAAAAACAAAAGAGGUCAGGAAGAGAAAGUAAGACGUUUUGUCAUUUCAUUCCUAGCACAAAAGCUUGAAAGAAAUCUGUAUCAGGUCUUCCACUAUUUUGUGGCAAAUUACGCUAGCCCUAACAGAGGCAAAUACACAGAACUUGAAUUAAAAAUAAUUCAAAUGUGUAUGUAUCAUUUUCCUAAACAAGGCAUUCAAAAUGCUUCCCGAAUACUUCAUAGAGAACCUCGAGGUAUAUAUAAAAGGCUAGCCCAAGAUUGUGGAGAGCAUUUAUUAAACAGAAACAAAGAAAAAUGGUCAUUACCAUUAGCAACAAAAUUUUUGAAACACCUUAUGGAUUAUUCUGGUUACUCACUUGAAGACUUAAAAUAUAAAAGAUUUGACACAUCAAUAUGGAAGAAGCUUGAAAAGGACAUGGAAAAAUAUUAUUUGAGCUUACAAAAAUUUUGGUAUUACUACCUACAUGUUCAACUAUUUGUUAAAUGUGAUAUAAAAAUAAGAAAACUAAGGAAGAAGGUACUAUUAUUGCUAAGGAAAUAUCCAUAUCAAGUGUGGACAGACAUUAGAUGGAAAGAAAUACAGAAGCAUUUCCCUGAUGGAAUAACACAUAACUUCUUAUAUGAUACAACAACUAGAGCUAUAAGUAAAUAUAAAAAUUAUUUGACUAGCCCAAUUGAAAAUAUCAUAGAGUAUGGCCUUGUGAGGAUUAAGCAUGAUAGAAACAGGAGAUUAAAGAACCUAGUUUUAAACAAUGAAGGAAUGUUAGAAGUCAUUAAUUAUAAAAAAAAAACAAAAAAUGAUUUCACUUCACAAAAUGAGAAUUAACAUGCUAAUGUGAUUGCUUAUAAAUUCUUUUUAAUAAAUCGUUUUUAAUAAAAAAGGCUUUUACCUAAA